AUGCACAAGUACACUCUCGGCGUGAAGAUUGCGUGUAGUGUUGGAGUCUCGGUCAUUACCAUCACUGGCACCUGGCUGUUCCGUGGCGACUCGGAGAAGCACAUGAUUAAGGCUAUAUGGAUGGCAGUACUGCACAUGGAAGAAGAGUGA